CAAACUGAAAUCGUCUUUCGCUUCGGCUGGCUGGAGGUCGCUUCUGCUCGUCGCAACAUUUUUCUCACCGUCGGAGGAUUCCAUGUUGCGAAAUCGAGGAUUUUUCGACAUUUUCCUCCUAGUUAGUGCGUUCAAAAUCACCUGAAAAUAUCGCCAAACUUGCGGCGGGGAACUAACCUAGCGAGUGAGCGUGAACAUUGCGUGAAUCGGGUUUAGUUUUGGUUGAAAUCGCGGUUAAAAAGUCUUUUUGGGUUGUGUAUAUUUUUCGUUUCGCGGCGUCGUCUUCACGUUUUUUCCCGUUGACCGACGGCACGGAGCUGUGUUAGAAUCGACAAGAGAAGUCCCGUUUUGUCCCGGAUUUGUGGAUUUGAGUGUUUCCGGAAUGUCGCUCCGGAAUUUUCGCAAACCAGCGCAUUCCGCCGCCAACGGAACCGCAGUUCCAGACGGUCAAAAGCUGGAGCUCGCCCCGGGCCGCAAGCGCAUCCAGAUGCUCAACGACAGCGAAAGCGAACCGGAAACCCCGGAAAAGCCAUCCGCUCCACCUUCUUCCAAGGCUGUAGCCCCCAUCGACAUCCCGACGGUGGGUGCCGUCGUCUCGUCCGGCGGUCCCUCCACCAGCACCAGCCCGGAAACUACCAACGGCACCUCAGCCGCCCCAGUGUUGACGGUAAAGGAGAAGGAGCUUUGUCUGCAGCGAGUUCGCGCCGAACGUCCGGACGUGGAUACGAUGGUCGUGCAGGAUCACCUGGUGCGGAACAAGUGGAGCGUCGAGGCCACGCUGGAGGAUUUGAAGAAUUACAGUGGUGGUGGGGGUGGCAAGCGGAAGAUUUUGGACUCGCCGAUGGUGCAGAAGGCGGUGGCGUUGAACGCGAACGCGUCGAAGAAUCCGUCGAAGAAGCGAAAGGUUCAAAACCGAGGUGGGGACAGUGACAGUGACGACGAGUCGGGGCGGCCGCAGGAGCGUGUGUUUGACAGUGACGACGACAGUGACGAGGGAGUGAAUUACGGGAUGUCGCGGGAUCGGAAGGGAGUGUUUGAGUUUUUGAACAAUGCGCCGGUGAUUGAGCUGGCAUCGGUGAAGACGCUGUCGACGAAGAAGAUUGAUUUGCUGGUGGAGUUGAGGCCGUUCAAGAGCUGGGACGAUUUGGUGGACAAGCUGAAGAAUUCGCCAAAGUCGCUGACGACGGAGCUGCUGAACUACACGCAGGAGUACCUGUCGAGGAGGAACAAUCUGGUGACGAUCAUGAACAAGUGCCGGAAGAUGGUGCAGAAGUUGGAGAGCGCGAUCGCGGCUGGGGGAGGAAUCAGUGAGCAACCUUCGAACAUUCCGGAUGGGUUUAAAUUGGCGGAGUACCAGAUGGUGGGGCUGAACUGGCUCACGAUCAUGCACAAGAACGACAUGAAUGGCAUCUUGGCUGAUGAAAUGGGCCUGGGGAAGACAAUCCAGGUGAUUGCCUUUUUGGCUUGGUUGAAGGAGAAUGACUUGAACAAUCAGCCGCAGCUCGUGGUCGUUCCGUCUUCAACGCUGGACAACUGGGACAACGAACUGCGCAAAUGGUGCCCGGAGCUGAUCGUCAUGAAAUACUAUGGCAGCCAGGAGGACCGCCGCAUGAUCCGGAUUGACUGGGCCAAAAAUGGAAUCUCCGACGUGGACGUCGUCCUCACAACUUAUCACAUGAUGGGAGCUUCCGGAGAGGAGAAGAAAAUGUGGCGAGUCACCCCGUUCCAGUACGUGAUUUUUGACGAGGCGCACAUGCUUAAGAACAUGACCUCCCAGCGGUACGAAAACCUGCUUCGUAUCCGGGCCGAACGUCGCAUCCUCCUAACCGGAACGCCCCUCCAGAACAACCUGCUCGAGCUGAUGUCGCUACUCUGCUUCGUGAUGCCGAAGCUGUUUGGCGGAAAGGUCGAGGACAUCAAGGCACUGUUCCAGGGCAAGGUAAAGUCCAAAGGAGAUGACGCCGAAGAAGCGGGCACCUUCGAGCGGAACCAAAUCGAGCGCGCCAAGCAGAUCAUGAAGCCGUUCAUUUUGCGCCGGCUCAAGAAGGACGUGCUGAGUCACCUGCCCGAGAAGACGGAGAAGAUUAUCAAGGCGCCGAUGCUGGACUCGCAGAAGGAAAAGUACCUGGCGAUGGUGAACGAGUACCAGAACGAGACGGGCACGAUCCGGGAAACGACCGAGAUAAGCGGCAUGUCCGUCAUGAUGGACAUGCGCAAGCUGGCAAACCAUCCGCUGCUGUUGCGAUACUACUUCUCGGACGCGGACGUACGGAAGAUGGCCCGCAAGCUGGCCGGUGACUCCGACUGGAAGGGCAACAACGUGGAGGAGGCGUUCCAAGACAUUGCGUACCUGUCAGACUUUAAGCUUCUUCAGCUGAAGGAGAAGUACACUAGCUUAUACGACCUGCAUAUCCCGGAAAAGCUGAUCGUGGCUUCGGGAAAGUUCCGCCAGCUGGACGAGCUGCUGCCGAAGCUCAAGAGCGAGGGCCACCGGGUGCUGAUCUUCAGCCAGUUUGUCAUGAUGCUGGACAUUAUGGAACAUUAUCUGAAGAUCCGCAAGCACGGCUUUCUGCGACUGGACGGCCAGACGGCCGUCACCGACCGGCAGGAGAUGAUCGACCUGUACACGCAGGAUCCGAACAUUUUCGUGUUUCUGCUGUCGACCAAGGCCGGCGGGCUGGGCAUCAACCUGACGGCGGCGGAUACGGUUAUCAUCCAUGACAUUGACUUUAACCCGUACAACGACAAACAGGCGGAGGACCGAGCCCAUCGGAUGGGCCAGACCAAACCAGUUACCAUCUACAAGCUGGUCUCCGAGGGAACGAUAGAGGAGGGCAUGCUGAUGAUUGCGCAGGAGAAGCUGCAGCUCGAGAAGGAGGUCACCGAGGACGGCGAAAACAAAAAGGAACAGCACAAGUGCAUGGUCCGGCUACUCACGAUGUCGCUCGGCAUGGACGAGAACAAGGCGGAAACGAUUCUCAAAAACGAAUCCCCCAAAAAGAAGCUCCAGGACGAGGAGGACUUUUAAAAGUUCCCCCGUCCUCUCCAACCCUCCAUGUGAUGUCGUUUUACUUAAGUAUUGUUCGCGUUAUGUCUUUUUUUCGGGACAAUUUUUAAAUUCGAAAACAUUCUCUGUUUUGAUCGAUCGUGCUGGGCAGCGUUCCUGAUAAAUGUAUGUUACACAACACCUCACUGUUGAAGGGUUAAUUUUUUCACCCUCCCCCAACUAAGUUAAAGCAUUAUUGUAUACACAACACACACACACCAACACAUCAUUGCACACUGAGGCAUAUUCUCGUUGUCGUGAUGGCCGCGACAGUUCCACGAACAAAUAUUUAAUUGCAAAAAAAAAAAAA